AUGGGGCCCUCCCGGCCGCCAGGCGGCGCCAUCGCGGCGGGGCGGGGAGCGGUGACGUCACUGCCACGCCGGGUGGGCCGAUGCGGCGGCGGCGGCACCGGGAGCAGCGGGAACGGCCCCGGGAACAGCGGGAACAGCGGCACCGGGAGCGCCGGUAGCACUGCGAACGGCGGCAGCGGCAACAGCGGGAGCGCCAGCAUGGAGUACGUGAGCCCCGAGCAGCUGGCCGGCUUCAGCAAGUACAAGUACAGCGCCGUGGACAGCAACCCCCUGUCCCUGUAUGUCAUGCAUCCCUUCUGGAACGCCAUCGUGAAGAUCUUCCCUACCUGGCUGGCCCCAAAUUUGAUAACGUUUUCUGGCUUCCUGCUGCUUGUCUUCAACUUCUUCCUCAUGGCAUACUUCGACCCUGACUUUUAUGCUUCUGCUCCUGAUCACCAGCAUGUUCCAAAUGGUGUGUGGAUCGUGGUGGGGCUCCUCAACUUCAUGGCCUACACAUUAGAUGGUGUUGAUGGGAAGCAGGCACGCCGGACCAACUCCAGCACCCCCCUGGGAGAGCUCUUUGACCACGGCCUGGACAGCUGGGCCUGCGUGUACUUUGUGGUCACCGUGUACUCCACCUUCGGCCGGGGCUCCACCGGCGUCAGCGUCUUCGUGCUCUACCUCCUGCUGUGGGUGGUCUUGUUUUCCUUCAUCCUCUCCCACUGGGAGAAGUAUAACACAGGGAUUCUCUUCCUGCCCUGGGGAUAUGACGUCAGCCAGGUGACCAUUUCAAUUGUCUACAUAGUGACAGCCUUUGUGGGAGUUGAGGCCUGGUAUGCACCUUUCCUGUUUAAUUUCUUAUAUAGAGACCUAUUCACUGCAAUGAUUAUUGCCUGUGCCCUCACUGUGACCCUGCCCAUGAGCCUGUACAACUUCUACAAGGCCUAUAAAAAUAACACCUUGAAGCACCACUCUGUGUAUGAAAUCCUGCUGCCCCUGGUGUCCCCGGUGUUGCUGUUCCUGCUCUGCACCACCUGGAUCUUCCUGUCCCCCACUGACAUCCUGGAGGUCCAGCCCAGGCUCUUCUAUUUCAUGGUUGGAACAGCCUUUGCCAACAUCUCUUGCCAGCUGAUCGUGUGCCAGAUGAGCAGCACACGGUGCCAGCCCCUCAACUGGAUGCUGCUGCCCAUCGCGGCCGUGCUGCUCCUGGUGGUGUCUGGGCUGGCUCCAGGCAGUGAAACGCUCCUGCUGUACCUGCUGACAGCCUUCCUCACCCUGGCACACAUCCACUACGGAGUGGUCGUGGUGAGCCAGCUGAGCAGGCACUUUAACAUCCGGCCCUUCUCCCUACGGAAGCCCACUCCGGACUGA